CUGAGCAAGAUAUGUAAUCUUCUUUGUGUCUGACAAGGAAUAACAUGAUUUUCAGCUCAGAUAAAACCAGUCGAACUACAGCAAGCGCUAAAGGUAAAUUUCGAACAUCAACUUUCACAGGUUCCUAAACUUAAAUUUGUCUGCACUUUUAGCUCUACUCGUUAUAUGCUUGAAUUUUAGCCCCAAUCUUAGCCCUUUCGAACAGUUAAGGUAUUUCAUUUUCAUAAGAAAAUUAAGAUAAGGGCCGCAAAGCAUGUUAGUUAAAAGUAAACCUGUAUAUGAACGGACAAAAGCUGAAAUUAGGCGCUCAGAGAAAGCAACGCCACAUAAGUUUCUACCUCGUUUCAUUAUUUAUGGAUCCUGUCCGAUCCGGCCAAAUUUGCAUUUCCAUAAAAAUAAAACUCAACAAAAGGUGUAAUUAUUUGCAGCCGGUUUUGAGCCAAGCCUAAGUCGAUAGUUAAAAAUACAUUAACUGCAAUCAAUAUGAAACAAGUGGAAAGAAGGAAGAUAGAAGUAGCCCUAGAAGUUGCAAGCAAUAUAUUUCCGAUUGUCGCUCAACUGGUUUCACUAAGGAAUCCUAAAUGUAUUUUAUUUCGUUCCGGGUGUGAACAUAUUGUUCAGGUCAUCUGGUUUUAUAAUAUUUGUUUGACUUUUUCUGAAUAGACUCCCAAGAGAGUCAAUUACGCUGAAUUAUCAGUCACUUGUAUGUUAAUCAACCUCGCAAUGGACCUUAACAGUGAGCCGUAUAAACACGGCACAAGUUUGGAGAUUUAUAUCUUGGAAGUUUAUAGAAGAUUUUGACACUUGUUGUGAGAGUGUUCACAAAUGCAACGUUUUGACAAGAGCCUUGAAGUCCGAUUUUGAAAACAUGGCAGGAAAAAGUCUCUUUCGUGAAGAUGUUCCUGAGAUCGUGAUCAAGAGCAUUUUCAGUAAAUAUGACAGAGAUGGUAGCGGAUGCCUCGAAAAAGGCGAGAUUUUAGCGAUGCUGCGAGGUGAUAUGGGCUUGGACGAGAAGCAGGCAGAAGUUUGUUUCAUGCUGAUUGACAAGGACGGAAGCAAGAGCGUUUCUUUUUCUGAGCUGGCAGAGUGGUUUCGCAAGGGCAAAGGCUUCAAGGUCGUCGACGACCAGAAUCGUUACGCUUUUGUCCGAAGUGUAGCCGACCAUUUCAAAAAAUACGACAAGGACGCGAGCGGAGUGAUUGACAGCAGUGAGUUCAGAGAUUUGUUGGCUUCCGGCAACAAAGACUGGAACAGGUGUCGUGAAGAAGACAUCGCUCGAGCGCUGAAAGCUGUGGACAAAGAUGGAAGUGGUACGGUUUCCUUCUCGGAAUAUUUGGCUUGGAUGGAUACGAGGAACGCGAAUACGUGUAAAAAAUGAUCCGUUCCUCGGCACGGAAAGGACGAGAGACCUGAAACAUUUAAUGCAUAGGGGGCACAAUUUUUGUUUCUCUACGGGACAGACUCUUAAAAAAAAUAACAUUCAGCGAUUCGCCCUCAAACCCUUUGAUGCAAAGUUAUAGAUAGAUGGGUCGUUGCCAUAUAAAUGGAAUUAGAUAUCACCAUACUGUUGUAACUGCUGGAAAUUAAAUCAAAUCAAAAUUACUUCAGCGCAAAAUCGUUCGUCAAUUCUCAGUUUCUGAUAAUCAGUGGUCUGUAUCUAAGUACGAUCGUUUAAAAACUGAAGGAUCGUAACUGUAAGGCCUAUGCGAGGUUACAAGCUGUACAAGUACAGAAAAAAUUCAAAAUCUAGAAGAGUUUAAUCCGUCAGUAAAAGCCCGAAAACUGGAAAAAAGAAUGAAAAAAGAAAACAUACACGCUUGCAUUGCAAUUAUGGCAACUCCCUAGACGAGACUAAACAGACAGUUAUAAGAAUUCAACAGCAAUUGAGAAUAGCCAAUAUGGUUCCAAUCAUAAUACGGACUUUCUGUGGCUACUUGUUUUGCUUGAACGCAAACAAGAACUUUUUCUUUAACUUAUAAUAAAUUCAUCGAUAAAAUUACGCCUGCAUUCUCAUCCGUGGAGGUCAGCAGUUCGUCGCAAGGGAUGUAGGGAUACUCUCCCCAGACUUCACUCGUUCAAGCUAGAGACGCCUCGCGGCAUAUCACCAAGUGUGGAAGACUAGCCCCAAGUCACUCGAUUAUUGCCCUCGAGCGAACAGACAGAGAGCGAUCUGGUCGACCUUUCCAACGGUGAACUCAGCAAUAUUUUUCGAAAGCAGACUCGUACCCAGUCGCUAUUUAUGUGUUUUUGGGGAGAGAAGAAUGGAUACUCGGGUGGAUUAAAGCGCGCUGAGUGUCAUGGGAAGAGCUGAAGGAAAAAUAGCGACGAUAUUUAUUACUUUGUACAAGGUGAUCCUUAAUUUUAAGUUUGUGGAUGAGACCCUGGUGUAACCAUUCAAAUGAAGACUACUGAGUAGUACUUUCAUGUGGUACUGUUUAUUAUGUUGA